CGAGGAACGGGAGGCAUGGGCGCUCUCCGCCCCUCAGGGCGGUGGGACGGGCGCUCUCCGGCCCUCGGACUCGAGGAACGGGAGGCAUGGGCGCUCUCCGCCCCUCAGGGCGGUGGGACGGGCGCUCUCCGGCCCUCGGACUGGAGGAACGGGGGGGAUGGGCGCUCUCCGGCCCUCGGACUGGAGGAACGGGAGGGAUGGGCGCUCUCCGCCCCUCAGGGCGGCGGGACGGGCGGCCCCAGCCCCGCCCCAUCGGCAGCGGUCGCGGCGGGCGGCGGAGGCGGUGUCGGUGGCAUGUUUCUUGCUUCACGAAACUUCUGUCGCCGUGGCAUUAAGCUAAGAACAGAUUUGCUUUCCAGAUCCAUCAAACAUUCCACCUCUGCAACAAUGCCCUUCAGACACAAAAAUACAAGACGAAUUGAAGGCCUUGAUAGCAAUGUGUGGGUUGAAUUUACAAAAGUGGCAGCCGAUCCCUCAAUUGUUAAUCUCGGUCAAGGCCUUCCUGAUAUAUCCCCUCCCAGCUAUGUUAAAGAAGAGCUGGCAAAGGUAGCAGCAGUUGACAGACUGAACCAGUACACCCGAGGCUUUGGACAUCCAUCACUGGUGAAAGCUUUGUCUCAAGUCUAUGAGAAAGUUUGUGGAAGAAAGAUUGAUCCUCUCACAGAUAUCCUGGUGACUGUGGGAGCUUAUGGAUCUCUCUUUAGUACAAUACAGGCACUAAUUGAAGAGGGAGAUGAAGUAAUAAUAAUAGAGCCAUUUUAUGACUGUUAUGAGCCAAUGGUAAAGAUGGCGGGUGCAAAGCCUGUUUUUAUCCCACUAAGAUGUAAAAAUGAUGGAAAGUCUGCAUCUAGUGCUGAUUGGGUCUUAGAUCCUGCUGAACUUGCAAAUAAAUUUAAUUCCAAAACAAAAGCAAUUAUUCUGAAUACCCCACACAACCCGAUAGGCAAGGUUUUUACCCUGGAAGAACUCCAAGUAAUAGCUGAUCUCUGUAUUAAACAUGACACCCUGUGCAUCAGUGAUGAGGUGUAUGAAUGGCUGGUGUAUAAAGGGAAUAAACACAUCAAAAUAGCUACAUUGCCAGGUAUGUGGGAAAGAACAGUAACUAUAGGAAGUGCUGGGAAAACAUACAGUGUAACUGGCUGGAAGCUUGGCUGGUCCAUUGGUCCUGAGCACCUGAUUAAGCAUUUGCAAGUUGUUCACCAAAAUACACUGUAUACUUGCCCAACUCCAUUACAGGAGGCUUUGGCACAAGCAUUUUGGAUGGACUAUAAGCGCAUGGAUGACCCAGACUGCUAUUUUUACUCCUUGUCUCGAGAGCUGGAGAGCAAGCGUGAUCGGAUGGCUCAGCUACUGAAAGAGGCUGGACUAAAGCCUGUCAUUCCAGAUGGAGGAUACUUUAUGAUUGUUGAUGUUUCCACAUUAAAUGUGGAUCUCUCUGAUGUAGAUGAGAAACAACCUUAUGAUUAUAAAUUUGUCAAAUGGAUGAUAGCAUCUAAGAAGCUGUCAGCAAUUCCUCUUUCAGCAUUCUGUGGUCUUGAAACAAAGAAACAGUUUGAAAAAUACAUACGUUUUUGCUUCAUUAAGAAAGACAGCACACUAGAUGCAGCUGAAGUGAUUCUGAAGAACUGGAAUAAACAGACAGGCUGAUUUUUCUUAUUAACUCUUCCAUAUAGUGUAACUAUCUAAUGUUCUGUGGGGGCCGUGGAGGUGGACCUACUGCUGUUUAAAGGAGCUCAACUAGUUUGGUUUCAAGCACAGUAGAUAAAUGACUUGUUUCAAAAGAAGUCAGUAUGGAGAAUUCCUCUCUAGCUACCUCCUUUUUCACUUCGUUCUGCAAUCUUUUAAUCUGUGGAUGGGUUUCCCACUAUCAGAAGCAAUCCAGUUGCUAGAGAAGUGUUUGGAGGUUGUGUCAUAAUUAUUUGGACUCAAUUUUAGCAAGUAUUAGAGAACUUAUCAACCACAGGGGAUUUCUUCCUUUGAGCUAAUAAAUUGAAAAAUAUUCUUAUUAAAUAGUGGAGACAUGGGCUUAACUGGUGUGGAAAGUCCUGCGUAUCUGUUUAAUAAAUAGACAGCAAAUUUAUAACUGUUGAGAGACUUCAAUACCGAUCACUUUAAAGCAUUGAAAUAAAGGCACUUUUCAAAAUCUAUAGGCCCUCCUGU